AUGCGCAUACGCCCACUCAUUCGACCUCUGCAGUUCCGUUUCGGCCCAGUGGCUGGGUGCAUACCGGGGACGGUAUCGCGUGCUAAUCUUUCUACCACUAUCGACCCCGCUUUGGCACAGUCGACGAUCAACCAAGAUGAGAUUGCACAUUUCUCAAAACUUUCUGCGCUCUGGUGGGACGAGCGGGGGGAGUUCCAGAUGUUGCACCGGAUGAAUCCCGUGAGAAUGAAAUUCAUCAGGGAGAAGAUGAUGGCACUAGAAGAUGACCUUGACGCGCUCGUAACCGAGGCGGAAGUGCUUCAAGGACGGGCUGUUUUGGAUGUCGGAUGUGGUGGUGGACUUCUCAGCGAGAGCCUCGCUCGAAUGGGAGCGAAGACGCUAGGGAUAGACGCGUCGUCCUCGAACAUCUCGAUCGCGUCUCUCCAUGCCUCUGCGGACCCGUUUCUCGACUCUUCCUCAAGCAAGCAGGGCAAGCGAAAAGGCUCGCUCACAUACAAACACACCUCCGUGGAGGACCUCCUCGCUGAAUAUGGACCGGCAUCAUUCGACGUCGUCUGCUCGAUGGAGGUCCUCGAGCACGUCGACAACCCGCGUGGUUUCCUGCACAGCUGUGCACAGCUAGUUAAGCCCAGCGGCCAUCUCUUCCUCUCGACGAUUGCGCGCACGCCGCUCGCGUACCUCAUCACGAUCUUCGCCGCCGAGGACGUCAUGCAGCGGGUCUCAAAAGGCACGCAUACAUACUCGAAGUACGUCAACCCGGGCGAGCUGGAGGGCUUCUUCAGGACGUACCGCUCGCCCGCGCCGUCCGGCGCGCCGGGCAGGCCGUGGAUCGCAUCCCCGAGAAGGCCGGCGAGGACGGAGGCAGAGACGAGAGGGAUGGUGUACGUGCCAUGGAAUGGAGAGUGGGUACUUGCGCCUCGGGAAACGACGUGGGCGGAGGGUUGCAAUUAUUUGUUCUGGGUGAGAAGACCGCUGGAGUAA